AUGAUCGCUCUAGCGGAUGUUCUACCGACUGACCCCGACUGCGAUCUAGAUCAUCCGAAGAAGAUCACAUUUUCGGAUAUUUCCAGUGCAGCUUUCAACAUUAAACAUGGAGUGGUCAGAACUCCUUGCAGUAAGUCUAUCAACUUGUCGAAAACACUUGAUAUGGACUUGUUUUUCAAAAAAGAAUACAUGCAAGUGACCGGAUCGUUUAAAGAACGCGGUGCUCGUUACGCCCUGACGAAGCUGAAUCGUGAAGAACGAGAACGAGGAGUGGUUGCCGCCAGUGCCGGAAACCAUGCACUUGCUCUUAGUUACCAUGGACAACAGUUAAACAUUCCAGUGACAGUGGUUAUGCCUGUGUUUGCUCCACUGAUGAAAAUUGGAAUGUGCAGAUCGUAUGGAGCGACUGUAAUCCUCAAAGGUGAUAACCUUGGAAAGGCAAAAGAGCAUGCGAUGAGACUAGCAAUGGAAAAGAAUUACAAGUAUAUCAAUGGCUAUGACGCUCCAAAUAUUCUGGCCGGACAAGGAACGAUUGGUCUGGAAAUUCUUGAGCAAGUGCCGGACGUUGAAGCUGUCAUAGUACCAGUCGGAGGAGGUGGUUUGAUUGCCGGUGUAGCCGUCGCUGUAAAAACGCUUAAACCAGCGGUGAAAAUCAUCGCAGUAGAGUCCGAGACGUGUGCGGCUUUCACAGAAGCCUACAAGGUUGGCAAACCAGUACCAGUCAAUGCUCGAAGUAGUCUGGCUGACGUUUGCGAAAUUCUCAAAAGUAAUUUCAAAGGCUUGGCAGUGCCUCUAGUUGGCGGAAACGCUCUGGCAUCUGUUCAAGGCCUUGUUGACCGGACGGCCGUAGUCGAAGGUGGUGGUGCUGUUGGCUUGGCUGCGUUGAUCAGUGGCAAGUUACCGGAGCUCAAAGGAAAGAAGUGA